UCACAGUACGAUGCAGUAGCUCGAUGAUUGGUGUAUACUUCUGGAUCAUUUGUGUCUACUGAAUAUGAUGUUUGAUGUUUAUGAAGCACAAUAUCUACAAAUUAUAGUUUUCUCUCAUCUUCUCUUCCUCUUCUAGACAUUUGUGCCUUCGGCGAUCCAACUCAGCAGGUCUCAACGGUCAUACGCGAGUAAAAUAAUGCAGUUUGUAAACCGGCCGUGAGAUUUCGCCAUCGCUCGCUAGCUCGGCUGGCCCGUCUAAUUUGACAACAUGGUAGUGACGGUGGCCCCGGGAAUGUUGAUGUGAGACGUCUCCGCCGACGUAUCGACGCCUUACGCGACGACAAAUGGACGAUGAUCCGCGCGAAAUAUGUCUGCUAAUUCCGAGUGCGACGAGCGCCAGCGGUAGCUUGAAACGAACGAAUGAUACUUGCGAUAAUCGCGAAUAAUCGACAUCGCACUGUGCAUAGGAAGAGUCCCGCGGGGAUUAUCACUGCGUCACGGAUAAUGUUAUUGAUUGAUUUUUUAAUGACUUACGCGUCGACGAGUAAACGAGAAUCCUACGGCGACGCUACGAGGAAUAAUAUUAUCGCUCCAUUAAUGAGGUACGCGUUCCUGCUGCUGAGCUUCCUUGUAAUUCUGCAGUUGACACCGUCGGCCGUCGUCGCGAGCGACUCCUUGGGGGAUCCGUACAAGAUAUUAGGGGUGUCGAAACAUGCGACCGUACAGGAUAUCCGAAAGGCAUACAAGCACCUCGUCAAGGAAUGGCAUCCGGAUAAAACUGAUCAUCCCAUGGCUGAAGAUAAAUUUGUAGAAAUAACAAAAGCCUAUGAGCUUUUAACGGAUCCGGAGAGAAGAAAAAAGUAUGAUAAUCAUGGGAUCACAGAGGAAAGUAUACCUAGACAAAGAAGGGACAAUAGUCAUUACAAUGUUCUUGAUCCAUUGGAAGAGUUAUUUGGCAGCAAUUUUAAGUUCCACUAUCAGAGUAGAGACAUCACCCUGUUUCAUAAAAUGAGCAUCACAUACCGAGCGUUCGAAAAUGUGAUAGUACCCAAAACUUACCGUAUGCCGUAUUUAAUUUUAUUUUACUCCGAUUGGUGCUUCUCGUGUCUGCAAGUGGAGCCUACUUGGAGACGAUUGAUCGAAGAGUUAGAACCUCUGGGAUUCGGCUUGGCCACGGCGCACGCCAAGAAAGAACCUACCUUGGCGAGAAGACUUGGCAUUCAUUCGCUUCCAUGUCUCGUUGUUACGAUAGACGGACGUACUAGUAUCUACAAGGAAAAUCUGUUUAGCAUUCAAAAAGUUGUUGAAUUUGUACGAAAUAAGCUACCGUAUAAAUUGAUAAGUACCAUUACUAAUACAAAUGUAGAAAAUUUUCUGUCGGGAUGGACGGAUAAUCGAAUUCGCGCUUUGAUAUUUGAGAAGAGAGACUUUAUCCGUUUGCGGUAUCUGCUUACGUCUUUUUACUAUAGAGAUCGGGUAGCCUUCGGCUUCGUUCAGAUUGGUAUACCUGAAAGCGAGAACAUAACAUCAAAAUACAAAAUCUCAGGAGAAUUAGAUACUUUAUUGCUAUUCAACGAAAACUCUGAGAAACCUAUGGCGUCUGUUAGCAUGAAGGAUAUUUCCAGCGAAACCAUGCACAACGUUAUCGCUAACAAUAAGUUCCUCGUAUUGCCAAGACUUUCGAACCAAGCCAUGCUGGACUCCAUAUGCCCGCCCGAAUGGUUGAGGCCGCAAAAGCGCCUGUGCGCCGUUUUAAUAUCGCAACAAAAUAGUCCUCUGCAUGAUGUGGCUAGGCACAAAUUUAGACAAGCAGCAUUAGAGUCAUCUUAUAGCACGGAACGCGUUCGGUACGCGUACGUAUUCAAAGAUACGCAGCCAGAAUUUGUAUCGGCGCUGUCAGCCGGUGAAGGCAGUCCGAUGGAGCCUUUAUUACAUAUCGUCAUCAUCUGGAGACGAGACGCCAAUCAUCUGAAGUACGAAUGGCUUCCUCACCGAUGGGUCGAGGCCGUUCAGGACGAUCGUAUAUGGAAUGAAACGCGUAGGCAUUUAGAGAAAACCAUACAGAAGCUGUUGCGCGCCACUGAAGCUUUACCAUAUGCUGCUGUCGUAGGGGAACUAGCGGAUGAACACGCACAGGGUACUGUAGACAGACUGAUAGGACGAGCAUUAUUAGCAGUAGAUUACAUAUCCGAUAAUCUGACAAAAGAGCAAAUUUUACCUUUGAUAUCGGUACUAGCGACUCUCGUGCUAAUCGGAGCUGCAGGGUAUGGCAUGUCAUACCUAGUCAAGCUAGAAGAGGCUAGUGUCCAGACUGAACGUGUCCAGUGCAAGGACAAUGCCAAGUCACUUCCGUCGCAGCCGCAACUACGAUUGCACGAAUUGCGCGCGGAGAAAUACAAUGGAUUAGUUCGGCUUUUAAAGCCGGGAUGCCGAACUAUCAUUCUGCUGGUUGACGCUCAAAGUCGAUUAAAGUUAUUGCCAGCCUUUCAUAAAGCUGUGUGGCCUUAUAGAAAGAAUAAGACGCUUAUGUUCGCACAUAUGUCACUGGAAAAAGGUCUCGAUUGGUACAAGAAACUGUUGUCUCUCACAUUACCCGAGCAGAAGGAACUAAAUAUAAACGCCAAGAACUGCGUGGGCACGGUCCUGUCUUUGAAUGGACAUCGAAAGUAUUUCUGCAUGUAUCACGCCAAACAUCCGGAGUGUACUAAGGGUAAAGGUUCUAAGCGUAUCGAGAAGAUGACCAAGCAACUAGCCCAAAAAUCGGAAGACCCGGAAGCAGGCGCUUUCAUCGGUUUCGACAGUUCCAACGAAUCCGAUUUGUCUCAAGACGAGGGUGGAAACAACAUUUUAUAUCAGGAUAAUCUUUUAGAUGGAUUACCGAUGUGGCUCGACAGACUGUUCGAGGGCUUAACGCACCGUUAUUAUAUAAAUUACUGGCCCGAGUUUACAGUCAAGUAAAAAGAGAAGGAGGGAAUAUGAUUUCUUUUAGGGGAGACUAUGCUGCAUAGAUAUAUUAUAUAUAUAUCAUGCUUGAUGUGGGAUGAUUGCCAAGUUAGCUUAUCAGAUUGUGCGACAAAAAAAUACCAUAUCCGACAUCUUGAGAUAGAAAUCAAAGAGCAGAAGCUGUUUUGACUGACAAGUUUCGAAGCGAGAUGCGACGAGGAUAUCCAAAAUUGACGAACAAUCAACUUUCGUCGUUAUUUGAUAAAGAUAUUUCCAAUUUGCCAAGUAGUCCGCAAUGAAGAAAUUUUGAUGAGAAAACAAGAGGUAACAUCCACUGUUUCUGAGAAUAACCAAUACGUAAAUUUAAAAAUAGUUUUGAAACGACGAUAUCUGAAAUUAAGAGAAGAAAGAAAUGAUCAAAAAUUUUCUAAAAAUCAAGAAAUGUGUAUCAAGAAAAGCCUUUAGAUGCUAUAGUCUCCCCUUGCACUCUCGGCAAAAGUGAUAAAGAACAAGGUUUGCCUAGUCAGCAGAAUAUUACCAUUGAGUUAUACUGUGAUUCGAGUGGACACAGACGUGAUUCUGUAUAGAUGACAAAACAUAUUCAUUACCUACUAAGUACCAUUUAUAAAUCUAUUUACAGUUUCCUGCAUUUUAACGUUUUUAGAUUGGUCUUUAAGUAUUGUUAAAGAGAAAGUAUAUGCUAUAAAGUUAUGUAGCAGAGAAAGAGAGAGAGAGAGAGAGAGAAAGAAAGAAAAAAAAGAGAGAGAAAGAAGAGGGAAAGAGAUUACCACCAAGAUAGAACGAAUCGAUCCUCUGGCAUAGAUCAACGUUUUCUGUAUACUACUUCGUCCGUUCCUAUAAAUCGGAAUGCUCUUUCUAUUCCUCGAAAUUGCUUGUAACUAUCUAGUCAACGUUAUUGAAAACUUAGCAGUAUUUAUAUUGCACAGUACAAGUGGAUAGAUCGUUUAUAUUUCUGCAGAUAGGACUACCGAAAUCGCGGUCGUUUAAUCGCGCUCGUAACGAGAUUCGAGUACGUUAAAUCGAUGGUUAAACGAGAUAUCGUUAAUUAAGUGGCGAUAAUGCGAUCGCUAAUUUUAAUGUCACGAGAAAAGGAAAAGUACAUUUAGAUAUAUAAACAGGUGAUGUGUUUAUAUACCUAAAGAUGCGUAUCUCUGUCGCUUGUUCACUCCAUUAAUCAAUAUAUCGCCUUUGUACUGAACGUUUCCGAAAUCCGAAUAUCAAUAGCACGUAUACGUAACUUACGAGAUUUAUACUUUAUCGAUAUAGUUACCGUAAAAUCGAUAUCUGUAAGAUCGACACAUAUACGUUAGUGUGGUAAAGGUGUUGCACUUGUAAAAAGAGAUAAAUGCCCUUAUCAAGAUUUAUAUACGUCCAUUACUUUACUUCCAAUCGCUUUACUUUUGUAACACAAUCUCAUUAGUUGCGUAAUAUAUUAUUUCAACGACACGUUUAUCCGGCCGACUCGCUCACAGAUAUUCACCCUCCUCUCGUGUGUAACUUUUUUCUCUUUUACUUUUCUUUUAAGCGACAGAUAUAGGUACCUCGUAUUACUUGUAUAAGAUAUAUCCCUAUUACGAGAGAGGCUACUAGAAAGUAUUAAACAUGUAUUAUAGAGACAUGAGAUAUAUCGUAAUGCUGUUAAAACUGCAAGUUAUGUGCGCCAGCUCAAUUGUUUAUACUUUAUAUCCUUAUAUGAUGAUUAAAAUUGACGAAACGAA